AUGGGCGCUAAACGCGCAUCUAAGCAGAGCCCGAAGAGAUCUCACGAAGAAGUCGAUGAUGACGACGAAGAGCCCGCCUUCGGUACACCGCCUCCCAAACGCGCAGCCAGGAGCACAAGCUCAGCAACAAAAGCCAAGACUACGAAAAAGAAGACGCCUGCUCCAAAGAAGCCUGCACCCAAGAAGCCAGCCCCGAAGAAAGCAGCAGCCAAGAAACCCGCUCCUGCAGCAACACCCAGCUCACGCCCCUCGCGCAACCGCAAAGCACCAGAGCGGUUCGAGGAGUUUGAGGAAAAGCCCACUCCCAAAGCUGUCCCGACCAAGAAGGGACCAAGCAAAGUUUUCGAUCCCGUCUACAUCACCACCAACUCCUCCAGCCGCCUAGUCAAAGCCGACAUCUACCACAUGCUUCUUGAAGGACCAGCCUGGACCAACCUCAGCGCAGAGCAGCAAACUACACUCAUCUCCAUGCUUCCCGAGAACACCACGCACCAAGCUCUCCUCGCUAAGAUCAGCGCCGGCAACACAGAAGACACACGGCCGUCAGCCUUCACGCUAGCAAACAAUUGUUUCCGCACCGAUGUCGCCAAGUUCCAGGAAGAUCUCAAAAAUGGGCACUUGGCCAAGACGUGGCAGGCGGCUGCUGAGCAGGCUGUGAUUGAACGUGCGGCGGGAGAGUACGAUGAGUGGAAAGCGGCGGAGGCGGAGUCGUGGUGGGGGCAGAAGAGCAAGUGA